AUGAAGCUCGAAAAUGUUCUUCCGGCGCUCUUCGUGGCCCUCAACAUCGGCCAAACCACUGCCUUCAUAGUCCCGCGUGCAGCAUCGGGCGCUGCGACUGUUGACCUCAGCACUUCGACUGGAGAGGCUCGAUUUCUUGGAUCAGCGUUCAUUUAUGGAUUUCCUGACAAUGGCACAGACGCAGAUGGUUCCAUUCCCGAUUACUUCGCCACUGACAUCAAGUUCAAUGCUUGCCGUGCCGGCGGCGCCCAAACACCAUAUGCUGGAUGGGCUGGUGGUGGAUAUGACGGCUAUAUCGGACGUUUCAACUCUACCCUUUCCAAUUACCGGACUACUCGUAAAUAUGGAGCAGGCUUUAUCUUGCUUCCCCAUGACCUGUGGGGCUCCGACGGUUCUUUGGGGGGAGACGGACUGUAUCCGGGAGACAAUGGAGACUGGUCUGAGAUGGAGGCUUUCCUCGCGCAAGUAAUCAAGGAUCUUAAACAAAACGACAUGCUUGAGGGGCUGGUCUUUGACAUCUGGAACGAACCCGAGCUUGAAAUCUUCUGGGCACGCUCUUGGGAUCAAUACUUAGAAGCCGAACUUCCUGAUACGCUCAUCAGCGGGCCAUCUGGUGCAACUAUACCUGACUUUCAGAGUUCUACCUGGACUUCUUGGCUGGCCACCAUAUCGGCAAACGAUACGGUCCCCGAUAUUUACUCUUGGCAUCAGAUUGGAGACACAGGCCGUGAGCUCGACAAGGUCAUUCCUGAUUUCAACACACUCCUCAGCCAGCACAAUCUUCCACAGAGAGCGAUCGACAUAAACGAGUAUGCAGCGCCGGAAAGACAGAACCCUGCCAACUCCGCCUUCUAUCUGGCCCAGCUUGAACGUCAUAACCUACGCGGUUUAAGGGCCAACUGGGGCAGUGGUACAGGUCUACAUGAUCUGAUGGCCGACCUGGUCUUCAAGGAUUCCGACGGCAACUAUAAGCCCAACGGCGAUUGGCAGACGUACAAGUACUACGCCGGGAUGACAGGCGAUCGCGUUGCCACCGCGGCAUCACCGGACCUGAAGUUUGAUGUCUUUGGGACUAUUUCUGAGAAAAAUGUCAAGGUUCUUGCUGGAACUCAGUCUCUUCAGGCCUCGUAUGAGAUCAGCGUCUCGGGGUUGGGUCGUAUUGGACUGCCUGCCGACGGGAGUGUUUCGAUUCGUACUCUUCGGUUCGACUUCGAUGGCCGCUCGGGCUUGGUUGAAGGUCCUGUUGAUCUUGGCACGGCUGAAUACACAUACACAUCUGAUACGCUCAUCAUUCCUGUUGAAACUCCGACAAACUCGACUGCGUUUGCAUACGAGUUCUCUGGCGGCCAGUAA